AGAACCCUGGAACCUUAUGCAACAGUGACACUCACACACACAAAACACACACGCCUUUCUCUGUUUGUUAACAGAGCUGAGCUUGUCCAUGCUUUCUGGGUGUCUGUCUCUGUCGCGCGCUGUCUCACUUUCUCUCUCUAAAACCCUUUCUCUCUCUACCUGACUCAAAUUCUCUGAUUUUAUCGUUUUCUCAGAGCAGAUUCGCUCCUCCCAUGUGACAUGGGCCAGUGCUACGGCAAGAACAAUCUCAGGCCCCAAAAUGACGACGCCGCCGAUGACUCUGCCGUCGCAGUCGCCGGAUCCGCCGAUGUCCCGCCCUCUCCGCUGCCGCCCAAGGACACGCCGGCGCGGGCCAACCCCUGGCCGAGUCCCUUUCCUCACGGCGGAGGCACGGUGACGCCGUCGCCGGCAAGGAGCACGCCGAGGAGGUUUUUCCGGCGGCCGUUCCCGCCGCCGUCGCCUGCGAAGCACAUAAGGGCGUCGCUGGCGAAGCGGCUGGGGCACGCGAAGGCGCCCAAGGAGGGGCCGAUCCCGGAGGAGGAGGCGGCGGCGGCCGCGACGGAGCAGUCGCUGGAUAAGAGCUUUGGGUAUGGGAAGAAUUUUGGGGCAAAAUUUGAAAUUGGGAAAGAAGUGGGGCGAGGGCAUUUCGGUCAUACCUGCUGUGCUAAGGGGAAGAAGGGUGACCUCAAAGACCAACCUGUUGCAGUUAAGAUCAUUUCCAAGGCUAAGGUAGGGUUAGUUACUUUGUUGGUAGUAAAAUGUUACCGGUUUUUUCCCUAUUUGUCUCUAUUUCAGAUGACCACUGCAAUAGCAAUUGAAGAUGUUCGCAGGGAGGUGAAGAUAUUAAAAGCUCUAUCUGGUCAUAAACAUCUCGUCAAAUUUCAUGAUGCUUUUGAGGAUGCCAACAAUGUGUACAUAGUUAUGGAAUUGUGUGAAGGUGGGGAGCUUCUUGACAGAAUUUUGUCAAGGGGAGGAAAGUAUUCGGAGGAGGAUGCCAAGGUUAUAGUUUUACAGAUCCUAAGUGUGGUUGCUUUUUGUCAUCUUCAAGGUGUUGUGCACCGGGAUUUGAAACCUGAGAAUUUCCUUUUCACUUCAAGAAGUGAAGAUGCUGACAUGAGGCUUAUUGAUUUUGGUCUUUCCGACUUCAUCCGACCAGAUGAACGGUUGAAUGACAUUGUUGGGAGUGCCUAUUACGUGGCACCUGAGGUCCUUCACAGGUCGUAUAGUCUGGAAGCAGAUAUCUGGAGUAUUGGUGUUAUUACCUAUAUCUUGCUAUGCGGAAGUCGACCUUUCUGGGCACGAACAGAAUCUGGAAUUUUUCGUGCAGUGCUUAGAGCUGACCCUAACUUCGAUGAUUUGCCGUGGCCUACUGCCUCUGCAGAGGCCAAGGACUUCGUAAAACGACUCCUAAACAAGGACUACAGGAAAAGAAUGACAGCUGUCCAAGCUCUAACUCAUCCUUGGUUGAGGGAUGACAGCCGCCCGAUCCCUUUAGAUAUCUUAGUUUAUAAACUAGUGAAGGCUUAUCUUCAUGCAACUCCAUUCAAACGUGCAGCAGUGAAGGCCCUUUCAAAAGCCUUGCCAGAGGAUGAAUUGCCCUACCUUAGGGCACAAUUCAGAUUGUUGGAACCAAAUAGAGACGGGCACAUCUCCCUUGAUAAUUUCAAAAUGGCUCUUGUACGCCAUGCAACUGAUGCCAUGAGGGAGUCAAGGGUUCUUGAUAUUGUAAAUGCGAUGGAGCCACUUGCCUACAGAAAGAUGGACUUUGAAGAAUUUUGUGCAGCUGCAAUUAGCACAUAUCAAUUGGAGGCACAUGAUAGGUGGGAAGAUAUUGCAUCAACUGCUUUUGAACAUUUUGAGAGUGAAGGAAAUCGACCGAUAGCGGUUGAAGAAUUAGCCAGAGAGUUGAAUCUUGGGCCUUCAUCUUAUUCAGUUCUCAAAGAUUGGAUCCGAAAUACUGAUGGAAAGCUUAGUUUACUUGGAUAUACAAAAUUUUUGCAUGGUGUGACUCUCCGUAGUUCAAACCCAAGAAACCGGUAGUCUUGGGCCCUUUAACAUAUAGUUUCAAGAUUCGGGGGAAAAAACAGAAGAAAAAAAAACAUAGAGAUUUAGAGAUUUUUUGUGGAAUUAUUUUGGUUUCAUUUUUCUUUCAUGGUGGGGGAAAGAAAAUUAUGUGUACAUGAAUGUGUUAGCGAGUGAGUACAGGGAAUGUGGAGUCGAUUAUAUGCCAAAUUGAGCCUUCGCAAAUGAUAUGUUCCUAUGGGUCUGGAUCCCAUAAAUAUUCAUUAAUUUGUGAAUGUUUUAAAAGAUUACAUAUAGUCAAAAUUAAAGCAGUUUGAAUCCAAAUUAGCCGUUUA